UGAAUGUCAUUUCAGUUUGUUCGCCUUACUGAAUGCUCAAUCAAUGUAGUUCCGAAUUUACUCAUUGUUUUUAUUAUGCAGUGCAAGAUAUUGCAGUGCCGUUGGAGAGCUCAUCAUGACUGCGAAGCACAAUAAAUUUAGACUUAUGUAGCAUAUUUCUGUGAUUUAUCCCACCAAAAAUGAUUGCGAACGUGUUUAGUGUAAUUGUGUCCAUCUUUAAUUUUCUAUAUACGACUUAUAUUUGGUGUAGUUUGACUUAUUUCCUAUCAAAUCUCAAUAUAUACAUUCACUCAGAUGACAAUAAGGAGCAAGAUAAUCUCUGGAGCCUUCUUUUGGAUAUGUUGUUAAUUGCUGCCUUUAUUCUGCAACACUCUCUCAUGGCUAGCAAUAAAUUUAAACAAAUUUGCUGCAAGUUGCACAUAGAAUAUCUCAGUAGAAGCAUUUAUAAUAUCUGCAACUCAGCCACAAUUCACUUUCUUAUUAAUAACUGGCAACAAGUUUCAUUUCAUUUUUGGUAUAUUAACAUCUCUGAAAACAAUGUUCUUUGGGUAAUUUUCAACAGUCUUCAUGUAUUUGCUUGGAGCUUCAUUUACAGUGGCUGUAUCAUGAUGGAUAUUGCUGAACUAUAUGGGCUGAAGCAGGUCUUCUAUAGGUUAUCUGGCAGAAAUAGUCCUCUUGACAAUAAAUCAAAUGGUUUAAAGCGAUAUAUGAAGCAUAUGAGACAUCCUAGCUUUAUUGGAUUUCUUAUUAGUUUAUGGCUUUAUCCUUUCAUGAGUUUAGACCGAUUGUUACUGGCCACUGUAUUGACGGGUUACAUGAUGAUGAGGUGGACUAUGGAUUCUGAGGAUUAUAGUUACCAUGUUCGACAUUUUCGACGAAAACAAAUAGAACUGUCAUAAUCUUUUAUUUUCUACUUGCCAUUGAUAAAAAAAUAUUUAUUAUCAAUUAUGCAUAUCAUAUAUGCACAAUUAACGAACAGUCAUAUAUGCACAAUUAACGUACAUCGCCAUUAGAUAAAAGGAAUUUUCAACUACACAUUUUAUUAUUUUAAUUAGUAAAACAUUAGUAUGUGUAUUAUACAUAUUAAUAUGUAAUCUAUGUGCGGUAAACUUAUGUCUUUUGAAUAUUUAUAAAUUCUAAAAUAUAACUAAAUAUUAUAAAUAAG